GUGUGUCAGAGGAAGCUCUCCGUCUGAGCUGCGAGACGCCAGUGCUGUUUUCUUUGUGAGACAGAAGCGAAACGGCAAGAAGAGAGAGAGAAAGGGGGUGGACGGAAACGAAAAUACUGAAGAAUGGCGAGAAAGUGAGUGAGGAGAUGACACAAGUGAAUAGAUAAAAGCCGAGAGCAAGAUAAGAAGCAGAUGGGGGUGACGCAGACACCCACCAGCCUGGUUUCUCCUCCACCUCCUCUCGCAAACACGGCUUUGUGUGUAAUGAUUAACCGAUCGGAGGAAAGCGAGAAGAUAUCAACACAGCCCUCAUAGGAAGUGACACGCAAACGGCAACAUUAUAUAAACGCAAACACUGUCUUCAUUCAAAAAUCUGUGAAUCAUGACCGGACCGAAGGGAGGAUAUUACAAGGCAGAAUUAGGAGAACCACACAAGUUUGACCCCACCUUUAAAGGACCCGUUCAUAAAAGGGGCUGCACAGAUGUACUUUGCUGCGUGAUCUUCGUCAUCAUCAUCCUCGGAUACAUUGCUCUGGGAACAGUGGCUUGGAUGCAUGGGGAUCCUCGGAAAGUUGUCUAUCCAACAGAUAGCUAUGGGCAGUUCUGCGGACAGCAGGGCACUCCUAAUGCAAAUAAAGCCAUAUUAUUUUACUUCAAUAUUUUACAAUGUGCCAACCCUGCAGUCCUCAUAAACCUCCAGUGCCCUACAACUCAGUUGUGUGUGUCCAAGUGCCCGGACAGAUUUGCUACAUACAUAGACAUGAAAUACAGCAAUAAGGAAUGGGAAUAUUACAAGCAAUUCUGCAAGCCAGGCUUUAAUAAUAAUCAUAAGUCAAUUGCUCAAGUGCUCAGGGAUGAAGACUGUCCAUCCAUGAUUGUGCCAAGCAGACCAUUUCUCCAAAGGUGCUUUCCUGAUUUCAUCACCAGAAACGGGACAUUAACUGUUGCCAACAAAACAAGUUUCAAAGACGGGAACGGUAAAACGAGGAGCGUUGUGGAUCUGAGAGAUGCAGCGAACAAAGUUACAGCCAUGCAGCAAGGAAAUAAAAGUGGUAUAACCAGCCUGCUGGAUGCCAAGGAGGUGGGCAUCAAGAUUUUUGAGGAUUAUGCCAGCUCCUGGUUUUGGAUCCUAGUUGGUCUGGUGAUAAGCAUGCUGGUGAGUCUCCUGUUUAUUCUGCUGCUGAGGUAUACGGCUGGCGUUCUCUUCUGGAUGGUUAUCUUUGGGGUCAUCGCUGCGGUGGGAUACGGAAUCUGGCAUUGUUACUGGGAAUACAGUUCACUGAAGGGAAAGCCAGCCUCUGAUGUCACCAUCUCAGACAUUGGAUUCCAGACUGACUUCCGGGUUUACUUGCAGCUGAGUCAAACCUGGCUGAUAUUCAUGAUCUCAUUGGCUGUUAUUGAGGGCAUCAUCAUCUUAAUUUUGAUAUUUCUGAGGAACAGAGUUCAUAUUGCAAUCGCUCUUCUGAAGGAAGGAAGCAAGGCGAUUGGCUGCAUUAUGUCAACACUGUUUUAUCCCAUCAUCACCUUCCUGCUGCUGGCUCUCUGUAUAGCAUACUGGGCUGUUACGGCUGUGUUCCUGGCAUCAUCCGGUGAGCCAGUAUACAAAGUUAUGUCAACACUACCUGACUGCAAGUAUACCAACCUCACCUGUGACCCAGAGACUUUCAGCCAAUCAAACGUGACCAAGCUGUGCCCAGGCUCCCAGUGUACAUUUGCAUUUUACGGCGGGGAGAGUUUGUAUCAUCGUUACAUCUUUGCUUUUCAGCUCUGUAAUUUGUUCAUCUUCCUAUGGCUGGUCAAUUUUACCAUCGCCCUGGGCCAGUGCACCCUGGCAGGAGCUUUUGCCUCUUAUUACUGGGCCCUGAGGAAGCCAGCAGACAUCCCACCUUUCCCCUUGGGUUCAUCUUUUGGCAGGGCUUUGAGGUAUCACACCGGCUCCCUUGCAUUUGGUGCUUUGAUCCUAUCCAUUGUACAGUUCAUCCGGAUCAUUCUGGAGUAUCUCGACCACAAACUGAAAGGUGCUCACAACGCGUUCUCGCGCUUCCUGCUGUGCUGCCUCAAAUGCUGUUUCUGGUGUCUUGAGCACUUUAUCAAGUUUAUGAACAGGAAUGCUUACAUUAUGAUGGCGAUCUACGGGAAGAAUUUCUGCGUGUCAGCACGUGACGCUUUCUUCCUGUUGAUGAGGAACGUUAUGAGAGUUGCUGUUCUGGACAAGGUGACUGAUUUUCUGCUCUUUUUGGGCAAACUGCUGAUCUCAGGGAGUGUAGGUGUUCUUGCUUUCUUUUUCUUCACCCGCAGAAUACCAGUUAUCCAGGAGGAGGUGCCAUCAUUAAAUUACUAUUGGGUCCCUCUAUUGACUGUGAUUUUUGGAUCCUAUAUGAUUGCACAUGGAUUCUUUAACGUCUAUGCCAUGUGUGUGGAUACAUUGUUUCUGUGCUUCUUGAGUGAUUUGGAGAAGAAUGAUGGGUCAGUGGCUCGCCCCUAUUACAUGAGCAGCAGCUUGCGAGCCAUUCUCAACAAGAAGAACCGCAAGAGACCAGAGGAGAAACCGAGAGGUGGAAAGAGAAACCAAAAAAGGCACUCUUAAGUGUGGUAAUUGGAAAGAAUUCAAAGCCUAAAUGUACAAAUAUAAUGGCGUUGAUCAGUAUUUCACGUGUAACUCUGCAGGAGGGCCGAUAUCAUGCUGAAUUCAUACGGGUGUGUCACACAAAAUUACACAUAACUAUGCCCACACUGAAUCAGCUUGCAUAAAAAUAAGCAGAAAGCUUCAGAUUUUCACAAAAAUCCAGACAUUCACAAAGUUUUUUAUUAUAUCAUUUUAUAUAUGCAUUUUCAUUGUCUUGUGUAAUUUUUUGUUUUCUUUUACCAAUAAGAGUGUCAUACCAUCAGCUACAUUUUUUACACAUAUUUCAAAUCUAUUACACAGAUUUUUACAUUAAAGGUGCUUUGUGUAGAAUUUAGCGGCAUCUAGUGGUGAGAUUGCGAAUUGCAAUCAACCUCUCAGUCCAAUGCUCGCCUCUCCCUUUUGAAACGCAUAGAGAUGCUACAGUAGCUGCCAAAGGACAAACAUGUUGUCAUCUUAGACGACUUAUGGCACUUUUCUAUUGCAUAGUACCUCACGGUUUGGUUUAGGUCGAGUGGGUCGGGUCAGCGUACUUUUGGGAGCUUUUCCACUGGGUGCAGUACGUAGUACCCGAUACUUUUUUUUUGUACCACCUCGGUCUUGCGCUGUCUCGAGCAAACAUGUCGUCAUCUGUGCUCUGCUAUAAGUUAAAUCCCUUUUAGUGAUGAAAACAUUCACAGGUUGAAAAUCAGGAACACCAUAACAGUUUUUUUUUCUAGACUUGCAGUUUGUGGCACAAAUGUCCGCAAAUAUGCUUAAAUGCAACUUAAAUGAGGCUCAGCUGAGAGCGUUGACUGACGCCACGGGUGUUUGUACAGAAACUGUCAUGUGAGACAGAGGUAGUGAUAAACGCGAUGUGCAAACAUCUAUUUAUGGUGGUCAAUUUUAAUUUUGUGUUGGACUGAAACAUAAAUGAAUGUAUGGGAAUGUACAACGACGCUCUCACUUGUAUGAUGUCACAGCAGUAGGCAGCGCAAAUAUAACCACACGCCUACACUGCAAAAAAUUAUUUUCAAGAAAAAAAUUCUUAUUUUUGUCUCGUUUUUAGUAAAAAUAUCAAAAAAAUUCUUAAAUUAAGAUGCUUUUUCUUGGUGAGCAAAACGAU